CUCAUCGUAUAUGAUUUUCCCCAUUCAUCAGCCUUUCCUUCCCCGUGCGAUUAUUCCCGGAGUAGACGGACUCAUGGCUCGACCCUACCGACAGACCUCGGGUCCGAACCAAAUGGCGGUAGUAUCAUUUAGGAGCUCGAUGACCGACUGGAGUACAGUUGGCAGCGUCUGCUUGGGCUCGGAAAUAUGGAGCCUCCCACACUCUACAGUCCUUUUCCCCCCUUUCCCAGUCGGUCGGCCGAUAUCUGAUGAUGAUGACUAUGACUCUUAUGGGCAUCUCAACAUUUGUUAGCUGCCCUUAUUUUACUUGCUGCUGGAUACCAUGCCUACCCCGACUUCUGAGGGGAAGAAAAAAGCUACAUUUUCCGAUCAUAUAAUCAUGCAAGCAGCAACGGGCCCUGUGCAAGGUAGGCCAGCUUCUGGCUCUCCCUUCUGAACAGCUGGAAAUGGUUACACGCCGACGUCUGCAAUAGGGCGAACCUUCUUCCAGCAAGCCAAAGGGAAAAAAGAAAAAAAUUCUGACUUCAGGAUGGUGAAAGGUGUGGAUCCAUCCAAUAAUGUUUGCAU